AUGGAGAGUGGAGCAGGAAAGCACUGGACUGAGGAGGAGGUUAAAGCUUUGCUAAGUGUCUGGGCAGAAAAAAAUAUACGAAAACAACUUUAUGGAACCCUGAGAAAUAAAGGAAUAUUUAUUUACAUUGCUAAAAGGCUGCAAUCAUUAGGAGUACACAGAGAUUGGAAACAGUGCCGUGCAAAGUAUAAAAAUCUUAAAUAUGAAUAUAGAACAGUUAAAUAUGCCCACAAUUCUGGAGACAGCUCUAAAACUAUGAAGUUCUUUCAUGAUUUGGAUGCAAUCCUGCAGUAUGAACCUGCUACACAAUUUACAGAGGAAGAUGCAAACAGCAGGUACCUGGCAAUGCUGAGCCCAAGUACAGCCCCAGAGAUCACUGAAGGUAUCUCUACGUCAGUCAUGGAACCCCCUAAUAAUUCAACUUUUAUUCCAACUGUAGCAAAUGAAGGAGGAAAACACUGGACUAUGCCAGAAGUCAGGGCUCUAAUAGACAUCUGGUCUGAUAAAAGCAUACAACAACAACUAGAGGGAACAGUGAGAAAUAAAAGGAUAUUUGAACAAAUUGCUGCCAAGCUUCAGAAGUUUGGAAUAGAGAGAGACUGGAAGCAGUGCAGAACAAAGUACAAAAAUCUAAAACAUGAAUACAAGAUUGUAAGAACAGCUCAAGACCUAGGCAUGACUAAGAGUAUGAAAUUUUUCACGGAGUUGGAUGCAAUUCUGGGACACAAUAAAACAGAAAAACCACAAGAACAGGAAUCCCAAGAUGGAGAACAAGUCACAGAAUGUGCCAGUGCAAAAAUGGAAGAGAACCAGACAGUCAUUGCUGGAGAGGCAACUGAAGAUGGAAUGGUCAGUAACAAGUCAGAAGAUGUAGGAGAUACAGAUAUAAAACAAAGUCCUGACACAGAAUUAUUUGAAGGUCACACCAAAAGCCAAGGAACUUUGAGCCUCAAGAGAAAAGCACAUGAAGAUGAACCAGUGUCUGUAUCUCUUAAGAAAACUGCGUCUGAGAUCAUUACAAAUCAGUUUCCUCAAAGCAUAACAGAACCAAAAGAUGCUACACAAUGUUUCUGCAGACAGGAAACCCAACUUCCUCAGCUUUCUGCGUCGCUUCCAAGAGGCAGCGCUGCCCGCAGCCCACUCGGGAUAAUGGCGACAGCUGAGGUGUUGAACAUUGGUCAAAAACUGUAUGAGGGUAAAACAAAAGAAGUCUAUGAAUUGUUAGAUAGUCCAGGAAAAGUCCUCCUGCAGUCCAAGGACCAGAUUACAGCAGGAAAUGCAGCUAGAAAAAAUCACCUGGAAGGAAAAGCUGCAAUCUCAAAUAAAAUUACCUGUUGUAUUUUUCAGCUGUUACAGGAAGCAGGUAUCAAAACUGCUUUCACCAAAAAAUGUGGAGAGACAGCUUUCAUUGCACCCCAGUGUGAAAUGAUACCAAUUGAAUGGGUUUGCAGAAGAAUAGCAACUGGUUCUUUUCUUAAAAGAAAUCCUGGUGUUAAAGAAGGUUAUAAGUUUUACCCACCUAAAGUGGAAAUGUUUUUCAAGGAUGAUGCCAAUAAUGACCCACAGUGGUCUGAGGAACAGCUAAUAGCUGCGAAAUUUUGCUUUGCUGGACUUGUCAUAGGCCAAACUGAAGUUGACAUCAUGAGUCACGCUACACAGGCUAUUUUUGAAAUACUGGAGAAAUCCUGGUUGCCCCAAAACUGUACACUGGUUGAUAUGAAGAUUGAAUUUGGUGUUGAUAUAACCACCAAAGAAAUUGUUCUUGCUGAUGUUAUUGAUAAUGAUUCCUGGAGACUCUGGCCAUCAGGAGAUCGAAGCCAACAGAAAGAUAAGCAGUCUUAUCGGGACCUCAAAGAAGUAACUCCUGAAGGGCUCCAGAUGGUGAAGAAAAACUUUGAGUGGGUUGCAGAGAGAGUAGAGUUGCUUUUGAAAUCAGAAAGUCAGUGCAGGGUUGUAGUAUUGAUGGGCUCAACUUCUGAUUUUGGUCACUGUGAGAAAAUCAAGAAGGCCUGUGGAAAUUUUGGCGUUCCAUGUGAACUUCGGGUAACAUCUGCCCAUAAAGGACCAGAUGAAACUCUGAGGAUUAAAGCUGAGUAUGAAGGGGAUGGCAUUCCUACUGUAUUUGUGGCAGUGGCAGGCAGAAGCAAUGGUUUGGGACCAGUGAUGUCUGGGAACACUGCAUAUCCAGUUAUCAACUGUCCUCCCCUCACACCGGACUGGGGAGCUCAGGAUGUGUGGUCCUCUCUUCGACUACCCAGUGGUCUGGGCUGUUCAACCAUACUUUCUCCGGAGGGAUCAGCUCAGUUUGCCGCUCAGAUAUUUGGAUUAAACAACCAUUUGGUAUGGUGCAAGCUGCGAGCAAGCAUAUUGAACACGUGGAUCUCCUUGAAGUUGGCUGACAAGAAAAUCAGAAUGUAAUUUAUAAGAAAGAAUGGCAUUGCAUUUUUUAGGGGAAACCUACAAUUUCUAGUUUAGCUUCAGGAAAAAAAUCAGGCAAAAUGAAAGGAGGGUUUAAAAUCAGAAAACAAUGUAUUCGUAAAU